GGAUUUUCACUUUCUAGCCCGGAAGUAGCUUUCACCUUUCGAGAACUUUGGUUUCAAGUUCCAGAGCAGAUGAAAGCAAUGGAAACUGAAGCCGCGCUCUCGGAAGACCCCUCCGUAAGUUCCUAGUCAGGACUAAUUGCGAUUUUAGUUACAUUUCCGAAUGUUUAGUUUCCUCUUCAAAAGAGUCCCAAUCGGGAGAACCUUAAUAAGAGAUUCAACUACCCAACUGGGUUUUCUACAAAACCCUUUAUCUCUCAAAUACAUCUCCUCAAAAGCCUCAAGAAAUCAGAAUCCUUUCGUUGUCUCUUACCUCAUCAGCUCAUGUGGGCUCUCACCCGCAGCCGCCCUUUCUGCAUCGAAGAAGGUUGGUUUUGAAUCCUCUGAUGGACCAGACUCGGUUCUUACCCUUUUCAGAAACCAUGGAUUCACCGAUGCCCAAAUUUCCAGUCUCAUUAGAAAGUGCCCAUUGUUGCUCGUGUCCAGCCCUACAAAGACGCUUCUGCCUAAACUUGCAUUCUUACAUUCGUUGGGCGUUUUGAGCCCUAUCAUUACCAAAAUCCUCUGCAAAGAUUCAAAGUUCUUGUUCCGUAGCUUAGAAAACAAAAUUAUCCCAGCUUUUAAUUUCUGGAAGAGUUUAGUUGGGACUCUGGAGAAUGUUGUUAUUGGUCUAAAACGUGAAGCUCGUUUCUUCAAUUGUGAUAUACCGACUGUGGCUCGAAAUAUUGCAAUCUUGAGAGAAAAUGGAGUACCGGAGUCUAUUAUCGUGAGUUUACUAACUUACUAUCCCUCAACGUUGACACCUAAAAAUGAUAUGUUCAAACAGACGGUUGAGGAGAUUAAGCAAAUGGAUUUCAACCUUUCAAAGUACACGUUUAUGAGUGCUCUAUCUGUGUUUACAUCAAUGACAAAAUCGACAUGGAAGCACAAAUUGGAGGCCUAUCGAAGGUGGGGUUUUUCUGAGGAUGAGAUUCUCUUGGCAUUUAGGAGGUACCCUUUUUUCAUGAAACUGUGUGAGAAGAAUAUAAAGAGCCAUUUAGAUUUCUUUGUUGACAAAAUGGGUUGGGAACGGGAAGUUAUCAUCACGCACCCACAACUUGUUGGGCUUAGCUUGGAGAAGAGGAUUCUUCCAAGGUGUUCAGUUUUACGAGUAUUGAUAUUGAAAGGUCUGGUUAAGGAAGAUCUUAAAAUGGGACAUCUGUUGACAAAAAGUGAGAAGUAUUUCUUAGAGAAGUUUGUGACCAACUAUGAGAAAGAAGUUCCUCAACUCUUGGAUCUAUACAAAGGGAAUAUUAGUCUGCUAGGACUAGGAUCUAGAAUUGAGGAAGUGUGGAAAGAACCCAUUAAUGUGGCUCAAAAUAUGGCAAUCUUGAGGAAGAAUGGAGUACCUGAGUCAAAUAUUGUGACUUCACUCACUUGCUAUCUCAGAUCGAUGACAUAUAAAAAUGACCAUGGGUUUGCAUCAAUGAACAAAUCGACAUGGAAGCAGAAAUUGGAGGCAUAUCAAAGGUGGGGCUUUUCUGAGAAUAAGAUUCUCAUGAUUCUUGGGUUUAGCUUGGAGAAGGGAGUUAUCCCAAGGUGUUCAGCUGUUCGAGUUUUGCAAAUGAAAGCUCUAGUGGAGAGAGAUCAUGGUAUCAGAACUGUGUUGAUAAAGAGUGAUAAGUCAUUAUUGGAGAAGUUUGUAACCAACUACGAAGAGAAAAGGAAGAUUGGUCUGCCAUAA